AUGGAACAGAGGGAUAGAAACGCUCAGCUAGCGGCCUUCAAGAAACGCAUUUAUCCGUUUUUAUUGGUGACGGAUGUGGCGGCCCGUGGUUUGGAUUUAUUUGGACUCCCCGUUGUAAUUAAUUUCGACUUUCCUGCAUCUCCUCGGCUGUACAUACACCGCGCUGGGCGCACAGCAAGAGCAGGGAGGAGUGGGAUCGUCUGCUCCAUAACAACUCCAGAAGAUUUGCCGUUUGCUUUGGAUUUGACUGCAUUUGUUGGUGGGCGCAUUGUCCCUCUACCUCUUUGCAAUCAGCAGCAGCAGCAGCAGCAGCAGCAAGAGCAGCAGCAAGAGCAGCAGCAAGAGCAGCAGCAAGAGCAGCAAGAAGGAGAAACAGCAGCAGAGGCGGGCUCUUCACCAGCAACAUCAGGACCCACCGAAAGAGCCGCAGCAGCAACAGCAGCAACAACAACAGCAGCAACGACAACAACAACAGCAGCAACAGCAGCAGCAUUAGCAUUAGGAGACGUAUCUAGUGGUGUAUACCCUCUUGGUGCGCCUCCUCCGAUAGAUUUUUACAUAGAGUCUGUUGCUAGCUGUAUGGAGACAGACAGUGAAGUAAAGACGCUGCAGCGCAGCGCAGCAGCAGCAGAGAAGCUUUAUUAUAAAGUCCGACAGUCAGCAAGCAAAGAAGGCAUUAAGAGAGCAAAAACUAUUGUAGAAGAAGCAGGUGGGAUUCAGCUGCUAUCUGCUUUUCAAUUUAAACAAGAGCAGCUGCUGCCUCCUGAUGCUGCUAAGCAGCAGCUGCAGCAGCAGCACCAGUUGAUGCGCAAGCAGCAACAGCAGCAGCAGCAAAUGACAAAGCAGCAGCAGCAACGUAUCCAGCAUCUGCAGCAGCUAAUUCAGCAGCAGCAGCAGCAAGAGUCACCACCGCUAGAGCUGCUGCAGGCAAUGAAACGCUUCAGGCCGAAAGUAGGUGUACAUGGGAGUGUGCUUAGUGCUGCUGCAGUUGAAGGCAUCAGCAGCAAACAAAAAGAAAAAGAAAAUCUUGCUGCUGCUGCUGCUCGAGAGGCAGCCACCCACCUCAGUGCUGUUGCUGCACCUGCUGCUACUGCUGCUGCAGCAGCAGCAGCAGAUUCUGAUUUAGAAGAAGAUUCAACGGAGGAGACAGACGGAGACAUCUCAGAAUCAGACGAGGAGACACUUCAACAGGAGGAAGCACAAACAACAACAUCAGCAACAACAACAACCAGCAGCAGCAGCAGCAGAAGAAGAAGAAGCAGCAGCAGCAGCAGCAACGUGCUGCAGGCACUGGCAGCAGCAGAGGCUCAAGGAGACACUUCAGCAGGGAGACAGCGCGUUAGCAAACGUCGGUUGCAGAAGAUAGCAAGGCAAAUGGGGGUUGAGCCGAAGGCAGCAGCAGCAACAGCAGCAGCAGCAGCAGCUGCUGCUGCUGCUGCUUCUUUAGACUCCACCAGCAGCAACCCAGAAGCCUCCUUCUUCGUAGACGUUACACCAGAAGCUAAAGCAGCAGGAGAGCAUGUGAUGCUGCAGCUGCAGCAGCAGCAGCACGGAGUGUAUGCAGAUGAAGAAGGAGACAUGCGGAGAGCCCAAGUGCAGCAAAAAAGAAAGUAG